UUUCUGGAAUAGUGCCCAAACCUCAAAACGCAAGGAUUAAUUCAGUUAAUCUUCAGAGCAUUUUACAGUGGGAUCCCCCUAGGUUUCACAAAGGCAGUUUAAGUUAUACUGUCCAGGCUAAGAGCCAUCACAUGUUAAGCAGGACUAUGGCUGUUGAAUUAGGACCUUAUCUGGUCCUUCACCCCCAGCAGCAUUUAGUGCUUUGCCACUGGUGCAGCCUGCCUGUUUGCAUCCUUCAUAGAAAUGCCUGAUGAUCUGCAGGCCAUGGCUCUUCAGCUGAAUGCCUCUAAGCUCAGGACCACGUUUUCUGAGGUCUUCUUUUAUCAGUUUUGUGUCAAUUUGCCUAAAGAUGACUUUAAAAAUUUGAGAACAAAUUUGAGUCUCACAGAGUGCGACGUCUCUUCUCUGUCUGUUUAUGGCGACUAUGUGUUACGGGUCAGAGCGGAGUCAGAAGAUAAAUAUUCAAACUGGGCAGUCAUCAGAUUUAAGCCAAUGGAUGACACAAUCAUUGGGCCACCUGAUGUAAAAGUGAAGUCUGAGUCGGGGUCUCUGCAUGUGGAUUUCACAGGCCCCAUUGCUGAACGUGAACAUGACAGGUGGUCUUUAAGGCAAUAUUACGGCUCGUGGCACUACAGAUUGCUGUAUUGGAAGAAAGGCAGAAAUACAGAGGUAAUUCACAUAGAUACUAAGCACAGCUCUGAAAUAUUAUCUCAGUUGGAUCCAUGGACAGUAUACUGUAUUCAAGUGCAAGCAGUUAUUCCUGAGUGGAACAAAAUGGGGGAACUGAGUCAAGAGCUUUGUGAGCAGACCACCCACAACGGUGUAACUCCUGUGUGGAUAAUUGUGAUCCUUCUUUUAGGAUCAAUGCUGGCUUUUAUAAUACUUGUUCCUGUUUGUUUCUUUUGCUUGUUGUAUGUGUAUCGAUUCACCAAACAUGUUUUCUGCCCUUCAUAUGUUUUCCCACAACACUUGAAAGAGUUUUUGAGCAAGCCUCCUAGUGGUUCGCAAUUUUUUUCUCCACUUCCACAAGAAGAGCAUCAUUUUUAUGACAAGCUAACCAUCGUUUCAGAAGAAUCUAAAAAUCCCUGUGAUGAGACUGUGGAUGAGGCCAGCAAAACAACAGACCACCAUCAGGACUCUGAACAAGAAGUUUCUGAUUUAAAUAUAUUAGCAGCUUCAGAAAGGGACUAAAUACACUCCUCAUACUUCAGUCAGGUUGAAUGAAAAGCAAAGGCUGUUGAAGUUUAUCUUCUUGCUGCUUUCUUAAGACACCCAAAAUUCAUACGUGAAGCUCUGAAUACAAUCAUUAAUUUUUAAAGUGCAAGAAACUUGGCUAUAGAGGAGGAGUUAAAUUAUAUAUAUUUUUUUGCCACUGUUUUUAGUGGUUCACUGUUCAGUUGUAGCAAUACCUAGGACUAUAUUAUGACAUUAAUUUAAAAGCAUGUAUCAGAUACAUGAUACUAGCUAGUGUAACUGAUGAACUAUUUAUUGCGAAAGCUAAUCAAAAUGGCAUACUGUAUAUGGUUUGUAAAAGAAGAUUAUAUUUUCCAAAGAAAGAGUUGAUCGGACUUAUUUUUCUAAUGAGAAGUUGUGUAUAUUUCUUACUAUAUCCUUACUGGUGUAAUCUUUCUAUUGUUUUUUUUAGCCUCAUGCAAGAUUAUAAAGUCAUGCACGGUAAGUUAUGUACCAACAUAAUAAAACAAACACGAAUAUUCAGUG